UCUGGUUUUGUCGGUAGUUGUUAUAUUCCUUUAUUUUAACACUCGUUAAUAUUGAAAAUAUAAGUUCGUUAAUGAUACAUUUGUUAACAAUGAACAUAAUAUUAUGUUUUUUUUUACCGAAGUAUAAAGUGCGACUCGAUUUUUAAUGGCUUGAUUUUUUAUUAAAAAGGUAUUGGGGGGCACAAUACAAAAAAAAAAAAAUUGAAAUGAUGACACAAUGUGUGCUUUAAAUAAUUACAUAAUCUCACUAUUCUAAAGAAAAUUUGAUUUCCUUUUUUUCCAAAGUACCUAUUGUUGCACAUGAAAACUAAGAACAUAAAAUAAAAUACAAUUAUGAAAUACAUUACGAUAUUGGCAAUUUUAUUAAAUUUUUAUGUUAACGCGAUUAAAAGCUCGAAUAUACUUGUUUUUGUGCCAUCGCCAUGGAAAAGUCACAUCGUUUCUUUCCAACCAUUAUUUUUGGAAUUAGCAAAUCGUGGCCAUAAUGUUACAGUAGUAUCAAAGUUUAUAGUUAAAGAUCCACCACCGACAUAUACACAAUUGAUUCCUUCUUACGUUUUUGAUAUUGACGGAAGGUCAGAUUUCUUAAUGCGUGAACGGAGUAUAGAUUACUCGUUUAUCGAAGACCCAAUAACACGUAGCACGAUACUUGUUGACACAACAUUUAUGUUUAUAUCAGAUCCAGAAGUACAGAAAUUUAUUAAGUAUGAUCAAUCAAAUUUUGAUUUAGUCAUUAUUGAAUCAUUCUUUCAAGAGUGUACUGUAGCAUUGGGACAUAAAUACCGAGCGCCAAUAAUUUCAAUCGUACCAGUACCUCCUUGGACAAGUGUAUCUCAAUGGGCAAAAAAUCCUUCAGAUUUUUCAUACAUUAAGGACUUUAUGCUCGAUGGUGGAAAGUCCCUGACUUUCUGGGAACGAUUCACUAAUAGCUAUAUUGGGUUUUACUCUUUAUUUGUCGAACUCAUUACAUAUCUUCCAAAAUUGGAAAAUAUGAUGGAUACCUAUUUCCAAUACCCGGGAUACGAAAACAGACCUACGAUGGCGGAGAUGCUAAAAAACAUAUCGCUUAGUCUAAUUGACUCUGAUGUAACAAUUUUUAGUCCUCGACCCUAUGUUCCGAAUUUUAUUGAAGUACCAGGUAUCCACGUUCAACCGUUUAAGAAAAUGCAUAAGAGACUACAAGAAUUUAUGGAAAAAGCUAACACGGGUGUUGUUUAUUUCAAUUUUGGCACUAUAUUGAAUGUGACAAGUAUACCUAAACAGUCUUUGCGCAGUUUGAUCAAUGUAUUGGGUCGAUUAGAACAGAAGAUUGUAUUUAAAUGGAUUAAUAAUGACACUCAACAAUUUCCAAACAACUUUUAUGUCAACUCUUGGCUCCCACAAAGAGAAAUCCUAAAUCAUCCAAAUUGUAAAGUAUUUAUUACUCAUGGAGGAGUCCACAGUAUUAUCGAAACGGUAGAUGCUGGGGUUCCAAUUAUUGGAUUUCCUGUUUUUGGAGAUCAGUUUCAAAAUGUAAAAAUCAGCCAAGAAAAUGGGAUUGGUAUUAUGAGUAAUAUUUUUACAAUAACUGAAGAGAUAUUUGAAAAAGAUAUUAAGCAUAUAAUCAAUGAUAAGAAAUUUUCGGAAAAUGUUAAAAGAAUGUCUUCCAUUUUUCGUGAUCGGCCCAUGUCAGCUCUCGAUACAGCGGUAUACUGGGUGGAAUACGUAAUCAGACAUAAAGGUGCUCAUCAUUUACGUUCUGCAGCAGUUGAUUUAACGUGGUACCAAUAUUAUUUAUUAGACGUUAUUGUAUUUCUUAUUAUAAUCGUAUUAUUUUUUAUAUGUAUUUUAUAUUUUAUAACUAAACGAAUUAUGCGAUUACUGUUUAAUUUGUUCAAACAGAAAACUGAUUAACAUUUUGUGAAAUUUUAAGAUAUACUUGUUUUACAUUUCUACGUAUAAUA